AAGCAGUGUGUAGCUACUGCGACCUGAGCACAUCUGCCUUUACACUUCAGGUGAGGCCUCCUCUGCAGGUGUACUGAGAAGGCAGGAACCAUCACCACCACCACCAUGCUGCGUUGGCUCCUCUCCACCUGCCUCCUCGGCGUGGCCCUCGCCUCCUUACAGCACCUGGAAGUUCACUACACUUUAGGGAACGACACAGUCACCAUGAAGGUAACAGUUGACGCUGACGACAACACCAUCCAUUAUUAUCUUCCUGGAGAUGACAACUUCGAGGAGGUGGAGAUAAUCGACGACUUUUAUGCGGGCUACGCAGCCGUCAAGGUGAAGACUGAUGAAGCUUGUUACGUGCAGCCGCUCGACAAUACACUGGAGGAGAAAGUGGCCUUAAUUCAGAAUAAUGCCGAACAGAUCAUUGAAGGGUCUGUCAACAGCACGUCAGUACUCCUCAGUGACGACGAAAUGGAGGACCUCGGGGACCGCGUGGUCGACUUUUGCGACGGCUACCCCAUCUACGAAGUGUUCUUCGAGAAAACCCAGGACGAUUCCAACGAGGAAGGCUCCAGCGAAGAAAUGCAACACUUCAGAGGUAAAUACAGAGAUUCCAGCGAGGAAGGCUCUAGUGAAGAAGCCCAAGAUUCCAGUGAUGAAUCCGAAGAUUCCAGCGAGGGAGACUCCAAAGAUAGCUCAGAGGAGGUGUUUACAUGGUCGCCAGGUCACCGUCAGAUUACCGUAAUAAUAAGAAAGUGCGUGGUUUAUUUCUGCACUAUUAAAAGAUGUUUUGUUACCACUCUCACUAUUCCCACCGGCCCUUCUAUUGCUUUCCAUUGGUUAUUCGGAUAAUACAAUACCAGAAGGUAACCUACCAUCGCCUGAUCCAGCAAUGACCAGAUCUUGAAUAUUUACAUUACUGGCUUACUUUCUCACUUUGGUCCCUCGGAUGUGCACCCAUUAUAUUCAAUAAACGCAAUGUAAAAGUA